UAAGGAGAGCAGUGGAGGACGGUGUUGCAGCCAUGUCAGACACACCUUUGCAGAGGAACGGCACAGCAACAGCACCGAUGUCGUGUGAGGAGGCUCAGCUCCACAAAGAGAGGCUGCAGGCCUUGGCGGAGAAGCGGAAACGGCAAAAUGAGAUUGAAGACAAAAGAGGGCAGCUCGAUGACCUGGUGCUACAACUGCAGCAUCUCAAGUCCAAAGCCAUGCGAGAGCGGUGGCUCCUCCAGGGAAUGGGGGUGGACGAAGAAGAGGCACGGCGGAAACAGCUGCAACAGGAUGAGGAGCAGGGGAAGAGGCUAGAAGACAUUAUACAGAGGCUGGAGUCUGAAAUCGGUACACUUGAGAGUGAAGAGUCCCAAAUAUCAGCCAAAGAGCAGGUCCUCAGAGAACGUCUGAAAGAGACUGAGCGCUCGAUAGAAGACCUGCAGAAGAGUCUGAUGAACCAGGAUGGAGAUGCCACCGGCUGCAUGUCCACCGCUCUCUCGGACUGCACGGACCCAAAUCCAGACCGCCUUGUCCUGGCCACGCAGCCUCGGGCCGGCCAACCUGCCUCUGGAGAGCACGCCAUACCAAGACCUGCUAUGUUUGCCAUGGAGAUCAACGUGCAGCAUGACCCACAGACCGGUGAGCAGCGCAUCCUGUCAGCCAACCGUGUGAACCCGCUUGAUGCUGCGACGCGUGGCAUAAAAGUUUACGAUGAUGGCAGAAAGGUGGUCUAUGAGGUCACUUCCUCUGGGGGCGUGUCCACAACCACUGUGGAGAAUGGGUGGAGCUCUGCGCAGGUUGACCAGCUGAUCCAGCGAGCUGCCAGGCCUGUUGUUCACAGUGGAGACGGCAGCAGGGGUCAUGUGACUGUGACCCAGGCUGCUCCGCAGGCCUAUGUUUCCCCCCUAGAUAUUGAUGAUCUAUCUCCACCCUCCUGUGCUCCACCCUCCAUCCCUUCAAGCCCACCAGCCCAGGUGACCCUGCAGAGGGAGACCCGGCUCGGCAUGAUGCCCCCUUCUGCACCAAUUACGACCCAGCCAGGCUCCUCUAGCCAUCCAGGCACCGAGCUAAUCUCCCCACCAGAAGCCACAGCAGAGCACCCAGUCACCAUGGUGUUCCUCGGCUACCAGGACGUUGACGACACGAGCGAGAGCAGGCGACUCCUCGGUUUUGACGGUGCUGUAAAAGCUGAGGUGGUCUUGAUAGAUGAAGAUGAUGAGAAAUCCCUGAGAGAGAAAACAGUCACUGACCUAUCAAUCAUCGAUGGCACAGCGGCAGAUCUUGUGUCAGGGCGGCCGGCCACAUCUGAGGCUGCCAGCACGGAACUGUCAUCAGAUGGUCGCGAGCCUGACAGCGCCUCGUCACCCCCUGCAAACGCUGAUGCCAAUACAGCUCCCCCACCCGGCCUUACCCCUGUCACAGGUUAUAACAUAACACCAGGGUUUACUCUGACAGCAGAAAAUGGAUAUCAAGCUCCCAUUAUGACCAGGCAUUCUCACACUGCAAUGAAAUCGUGGCGGGCAGCCGAGGAUGUCAGUGACCCCAUACCAAGAGAGAGAGCCCUGAAGAGCGUCAGUUUCCAGGAAUUGGUCAGUGUUAUCUCAGACGGGCCAGCAAGCAUGGAAGUGGAGAGCCAGCAGAUCCAACAUGGUUGCCUGAGCAGCCCCACUAAUCGAGCCCACAAUGCAGUUGGUGUAACUUCUGACAGCGAGGUUGUGCAGGAGAUCCGUUACUUGGACCAGGUUUUAGACGACGCCUCAGAAACACCCACCAACGGGAACUCUUCUCCAUCACAGAACACCAGACCAAUCAGCAUCGACGGAAACUCUCCAUCUGUGUGUGUGUCAGCCUCCCCUCCCGUUAAUCACGUUAUCGUCGUUGAAGGACAGAGACAAACCACGUUCCUCCACCAGGACGACUCUGCUGUAAAGACCAACGGGCACGUGCAGGGAGAAGAGUCUGGGAGCAGCAGGGCCAAGUUUGAGCUGCGAGCAUUUCAAGAGGAGAGACGACCAGCAAAACUCUUCACCCCUGGAGAGGAGCAGCAGGUCAGAGUGACGAGAAGACGACCUUCAGAGGAGGUUCAAGAGCUGGAGCGUGAGCGCAUGGAGCUGAUCAAAGACCAGGCAGUGAAGAAAAACCCUGGGAUCGCCCAGCGCUGGUGGAACCCUCCUCUGGAGGUCCCUUUGGAAGAACAGCUGGAUUCUGAUCAGCUUGAGUCCCUCAAGAAAUACCAGGAGAGGAAGCAGCAGAAGCAGACUCCUUAUGCAUACACACAGCCCCAGUUAACAGGCCCUCCCACAAUGGUGUCUUUUGACCCAGACCUACACAGGAAGGUGGACAUCGUGGAGGAGCAGAUCGACUUCUCAUCUGCCAGGAAACAGUUUCUGCAGGGGGAUGGAACCAAGAGGGACGUAGCUCCUCACAUAUACUCCGCCAAACCCUUUUCCAAAACCGUAAUCAGGGGCAGCCAGGGGGGCAGUGACAUUCUUGCAGAAACAGGAGAGGGUCACGUGACCUGGUCAAGUGAAGGACUGGCUGAGGAGUUCACCUGUGCACGAGCUGUGAUGACAAUCCUGCGUGAGGACGAAGACGGAAAGGGCCAUUUCCAUUCAGGUUUCCAUCCAGAGGAGUCUGACUCAGGAUUGGAUGAGUUGUCAGUCCGUUCUCAGGACACCACUGUGUUUAGCCUGGAUAAUGUUUCAGACAGUGGGGCUUCACUACCACCUACCCCUCUGCCACUCACCCCAGUGUCACCGCCUACCCCUCAGCCCACCACGCCAGUCAACGGACAGACCAGUGGCAUCCCAACAGAAGACGAGCUGGAGUACCACGCUGGGGUUCUGGUUCAAAAUGCCAUCCAAAAUGCCCUGGCAGCUCAAAAUGGGGAGGAGUGGCAGCUGUCUGACUUGAAUUCUUCACAAGUGAGCACCCCUGUGUCUCCAUCUUCAGCUUCUACAAGUAGCCCAGUGCCAGUUUCUUCCUCUCCUGUGUCUUGUAGUGGAGCUCCAGGUCUUCAGUCACCAGUUGCCUCCAGUCCUGUCCCACCCAACCAUUCCCCACAGCCAGAGAGACAGCAAGGGGUAAGAGUCACCCUGGAAGAGAACCCUUCAGAGGCACAACAGGCUCCACAGCAGCCACCACAGCCUGAGUCACCGCCUUCUCAGCCCAUCUCUCCACCGCAGAGACCCAAAGAUGGAGGCCCUAGGAUCAAAAUCCAGUCCUCUUAUGCCAGGGCGCUGGCCUCCUCAGCCCAGACUCCAGCUCCUGCUGCUGCCACAGUUGCCUCAGUUUCUAGACCAACCCCAGUCUACCGUCCCCCUUCUCCCCCAAGCCCAGAGAAACAAGAGUACAGCUACUUCAGCAAAUACUCAGAGGCGGCAGAGCUUCGCAGCACAGCGACAGCAGCACGGGGCCCCGAGGGUGAGCAAGCCAGCGGCCCUUUCCGCCUGCGCUCCAAGAAGCAGAGGACUCUAUCGAUGAUCGAGGAGGAGAUCAGAGCAGCUCAGCAGAGGGAGGAGGAGCUGAAGAAACAAAGGGAGGACCAGCCGGUGGUCACUGUCCGUCCCAGCAGCACCUCCAGCAGCAGCAGCUUUGGGAAUGUGAGGACGGGGGCGCGGAAAACCACUAUAUCCCCAGCAGAUAAGAUGAAGAGCAACAGCCUGCCUGCAAGACUCACACUAACAUCCAGGACAGCACCAGGGAAGAUCGAGAAGGUUCGACCAGCACCUCCUGUCUCCCCCUCGCCCUCAGAAGGAGCCCUGUCUGAUGCUGGCAGCGAAGACUCUGGAGGUCGACCCAAAAACUUGAUGCAGACACUGAUGGAAGACUAUGAAUCUCACAAAGUGAAAAGGAAGGAGAAAUUGGAGGACAACAGUGUCUUGGAGGCUACUCGUGUCACCAGGAGGAAAAGCGACAUGGCAAAGAAGUGGGAAGCUGGCAUCUAUGCUAAUGAGGGAGAAGAGGAAGAAGAGGAGGAGGAGGAGGAAGAGGAGGAGGAGGAAGAAGAAGAGGAAGAGGAGGAGUAAAAAGCUCCUCUCAUAUACAGUUAAGGGAGGAUGAAGAGACUAAAAAAUGCAAUCAUGAGGAGAAGAGGAGGAAGAGAAAGUGAAGGAUGAAGGAGAAGAAAGGAAACAGUAUUUAUUUCACUUAUAGUAUUCUGGUGAUUACAUGACCCAGAGGUCUCAUUGAAGAGAUGCAUAAUGUUGUGUUUUUGGACCUGUGCAUUAAAGAGCACUGAAGGAGUAUGUUAAGAGACUGAGUAUGUGAGAGACAUUUAAAGAGCUGAGAUGAGUUUAAAGAAAGUCUGAUACAGAGACACUUUGAAAGGUCUUUAUGGCGGUUUAAGAAGAAGAAACACGUUUUGGAUUAAGGGUUUUGAAUAGUUGCUAGACGCUGAAUGACUCAAAUAUUCAUAGGAUUGUUGAUUCACCUGUAACUUUUUUUUGUGAUCUUCAGGUUGAGCUGUAAAGAUUUUACUUAGACAGGUUGCCUGACAGUUAUUAUUGACCGUUUUGAAAAAGGGUGCUUUAUGUGAACCCCAACCAUAUGAAAUAACACAUGGGAUGGACAAGCAGGUGUUUGCAGAGUGACUGUAGUGAAACUGAAAGAGAAAAAGAGGACGAGGCCUGAUCACACGCUCAGAAUUUAUUGGAUAUUGCAAUGCUGAAGUAUGGAGCAUCACUUUCAAAAUCCAUAUAGAUUUAUCUUCUGCAGGUCCUCCUGUGGAUUACAUGUCGGUGGAGCUUUGCAGUCUUCUCAAGUAUUUGUGAUAAAUCUUAAGUGCCCAUUCAAGCGUCAGCCUCCUUGAACUGUUAAAUGCUAGCAAUGGAAGUAGCUAAACUAGCAUCGAUGUUCAACUUUGCCUUAGAAAAUCAGUGAUUGUGGGAUGCACAAUAUGUAUGAUGUAUUUUAUCUUCUGCUAUUCUGCAUUAAACCAUAGAGCGAAGACCCAACCACAUUAGAUAGAAGGUAGUUCUUAAAAACACAGAUAAACAGAUGGGGGGGGGGAGGCUAAUGGUGGGUUCAUGUUUGCAUCACUUCAGUGUUUGUAUUAAUUCAAGGGCUCGGUCUGAAGGUUUAUAUAAGAAUCCUUUAUUUUACCCUCGCUGGUUAUGUCGCUUUGUUGACCUGUGCUUUCUGAUGUAAGCAGUUGUUUCAUGUAUUAUACUGAGGUAGGACUGUGUAUUUGAUUUAUGAUAUACUGAGAUUCCUGUUGGGCGACUGCCGUGUAUCUGCUAUACCUUGCUAGCUGAGGAUAAGUUGAUGAAAAAUAUUAGAAAGGCUUUUUAUAAAUAUUUGUUAUACCAAA